UAAACACGCAGUUCUCUUCCUGUUGCUUUCGCGUGGUUUUUGUUGGGUUUUGUUUUCCGGAAGCGUGAUUCCUUUGAUCAAGCUAGUUAACGCCACAGUAUCGAGAGAUGUAACGAGCGAGUCUCGUUUCCAGCUCUGCCUUUCAGCUUAACAAGCAAAGACCAGCGUUAGCUGCCUGGUGGGUUAUGGAAAUAGACGGUCGAGACUUUCUGAAGACCCCUGCUGUGAAGACGGUCAGGUUUGGAGGUAGUGUUGCGGAAACGUUAGAGAAACACAAACACGGAGACUCGAGUGAUUAUGAACUCCUGAAACAUCAGCUGGUUGAUCCUGAGAUAAAGGAUGCUCAGAUCAUCAACUGGCUGCAGGAAUUUCGGUCUUGUGUGACCCACCUGACCAAGGAUCAUGAACAGCUCAUUUAUACUAUACUG